CUACUGAGGCAGAGAGAGAGAGAGAGAGAGAGAGAGAGAGAGAGAGAGAGAGAAUCACAGCGAUGGUGCUGCUGCUGCAGGAGCACCAGUAAGGCACUUGUGGUUGGAUCUUUUAGGCUUUUUACUCUAGGCUAGGGCGGUAGGGUAGUUCAUAAGAGCGCAGAGAUGCUGGGCCGUGUGGGGUUUUGCUUGGUGUUCUGUUGCCUUCCUCUGCUGUGCAGUGCCUGCCCUGCACAGUGCAGCUGCUUCUACCACAAACUCAGCGAUGGAUCCAAGGCGAGGAGUGUUCUGUGCAACGACCCCGAGCUCACCCUCGUGCCCACCAACUUCCCAACGGACACGUCCAAGCUCCGGAUCGAGAAGACCGCCAUCAGCCGCAUCUCCCCCGAAACCUUCCACUACCUCAGCAGUCUGGAGUUCCUCUGGAUGUCCUUCAACUCUCUCUCCAAGCUGCACUCGGACAGUUUCCGCGGCCUCUAUGCGCUGGACGAGCUGCGGCUAGACGGCAACUUCAUCACCUCCUUUCCGUGGGACUGCCUGACGGACAUGCCCAACCUGAGGCUCCUGGAUUUGCACAACAAUAAAAUCACAAGUAUUCCAGCUGAAGCCACGAUCUACAUCAGAAACCUGACUUACCUGGAUCUGUCCAGCAACAGCCUGACCACGGUGCCCGCAGAGGUGCUGACAAUGUGGUUCUCUCCGAAGCUGACACAGGACACUGAAAACUCCAAGAUGAUUCUGGGUCUCCACGACAACCCAUGGCAAUGUGACUGCCGUCUGUUUGACCUGGUGCAAUUCCAGAAGUCUCCGUCCUCGUCUGUGGCAUUUAUUGACACACGCCUGCGUUGUUCAGAGCCUGAGAGUCUGUCCGGCGUCCUCUUCUCAGACACCGAGCUGAGGAAGUGCCAGUCACCUCGCGUCCACACAGCCGUGGCCAGAGUCCGCAGCUCUGUGGGAAACAAUGUGCUGCUCCGCUGCGGAACCAUUGGGGUACCCAUCCCUGAGCUCUCCUGGUCUCGAGCUGAUGGCAAGCCCCUGAACGGGACAGUCCAGCAAGAAGUUUCAAAGGAGGGCAUCAUCUGGUCUGUCCUCAGCGUGCCUGCUGUGUCCUACCAUGAUUCAGGCAAAUAUGUCUGCAAGGCCACAAACUUUGUAGGAAGUGCUGAUGCCAUAAUCUCCCUUGUUAUCUCUGACACAUGGCGCAUCGACGAGGCCGUGGUAAAGAAGACCCGUGGCAAGAAGACUGGUGGUUUCGGAAGAGCGGCGUACCAGGAGAAGCUAAUUGCUCGCUACGUUCCUCCCACCACCAGCUCAGCGGCUGUCCCAAUUAUCGAGCCACUUAACAGACCAAAAUCUACAGCAUCCUUUGAGAUAGAGAGCUACAGUAUCUCAGAUGGAAUCUCUGCAGUUAAAAUGACAGUCCCUCCUGAGACGGGCACGGGGACAGAUGGCCAUUCGAUAGAGGUGGAGAAAGAAGUCUUGAGUAACCUAGCAGGCAAUGCUUCCUCCUUGCAGCAAGGUCCAGAAAAAAGAGUGGUACGUUCCGUCAAAGUCAUCGGUGACACUGAUCAUACAGUGUCCCUAAACUGGCGAGCACCAGCUGCCACCAAUACAACAUCUUUCAGCGUUCUGUAUGCCGUUUUCGGCGAGAGAGACAUGAGGCGCAUCAACGUAGGGCCCGGCAAGAACCGGGUCACCAUUGAUGGACUGGUGCCCAAGACAAAGUACAUUGCUUGCGUUUGCGUAAAGGGUCUCAUCCCGAAGAAGGAGCAGUGCGUCAUCUUCUCUACUGAUGAGGCAGCCAGCGCCAGUGGGACUCAGAAGCUUAUCAACGUAGUGGUCAUCACUGUUGCUUGCGUCAUUGCCGUGCCUCUCACUCUCAUCGUUUGCUGUGGGGCGCUGAAGAGGCGGCUCCAGAAGCUGCUGGGCCGCAAGUCCAAGGACAUCCAGGACUCCUAUGUGACCUUCGAGACUCUCUCCCCGGGAACCAAAGCCAAAGGUUUGGAGGGGGAGUACCUCACUCGGCUCAACCAGGAUGAGUCCAACCGCUUGCUCUCGGCACGCUCUAGUGUGGACUCAGAGGCCACGGCCAGGACUGAGGGACAGCCUAAUGAGUACUUCUGUUAGUGCAUGCUAGAGUUUGACUUCAAAUCUGGGAACCCAGGCUUCAUCCUGUAUCCUGUGCCCCAACACACAAACACACAUCUAAGCCACUUAUCCUCCUGGGUAGCAGGGAGAGCUGGAGCCCAACCCAGCAGUCAUUGGUUGGAAGGCAGGAUACACCCUGGACAGGUCACCAGUCAAUUGCAUGGCACCCAAAUAAACCUGAUCCCACUUAUGAAGGGCUUGAUAAUUAGCUAACAAGCUGGAUCAGAUGUUGUGAAGGAAAGUGGGGCCCCAGGACUAGUGUUGAGAACCUCAGCUUAGACCACUAGUUCUCAACCCUAGUCCUGGAGUACCCCAUCCCUGCCAGUUUAACAUUUUCCCUGCUCUAACACAGCUCAGGAAGUGCUCAUUAAUUAGCUGAUAUUUGGAUCAGAAGUAUCAGAGCAUGGGAAACAGCAAAUUAUACAGGGGUAUGCCAGGAACAGGGCUGGGAACCACUGUUGUAAACCCCAGGGCACACCAACCCAACCUUCUCCAACUAAAAAGACUGGAAUCUGGAUGGUCAACACUUUCUAAAGACGUUCACAAAUAGGUAGAGCAUAUCAACCAAAUAUUUGGGUUGACAAAAGAAUGAUGUAUUGAUGUGCUCAGGGGUUUAAUGCAUUAUAAACACAUUUGCUUUGAACCGACUGUGCUGCAAGAAGAUGCAAUCAACCACCAAUUACCAGAGGGCCUCAGCCGAAAUGGGAGAUUCUUCAGAAAGCAGGCAUUUCCAUGUGCAAGAAACUGGGAUUGAGACAUUUCUGUCUUGAUGGUGAUGAACCUCUGCUCUAGGGCAGUUUGGAGGUGCCUAAGAGUGAGUUAAGACAUUGACAUGUACUGCAUGUGCAAAUGCAAUUCCACAUUCCAAUGCAAUGCAAAAGCAAUUCCACGUCUUUUCACAGCCUUGCUAGUAUGAACCAUAUUCACAACAGUGCGCUGUUAAAAAAAAAAGGGAAAACACUUUAUCACUGUAAACUGUGCAAUGUUUUAAAGAAUUCUGAAUUAAGCUUUUUUCUUUUUUUUUUACUUGUGAUGCACUUUUUUUUGCAGAUUCCUGCAGAUGAAUGUCUUCACUGUGACAUUUGAAUUAAAAGAUUCGUCAUGUACAACCAUUUAC